AUUCUUUAUCGCAACUCGCUUUCAAAUCCACACACAUCAUGACUUUUAGCCCCAUCCUCCUCAUCCUGGGCGCCGGACCCAACGUUGCCAGUUCCACGGCGGCACUGUUCGCAGCUCAAGGCUACAAGAUUGCCCUCGUGAGCCGUGGAUUCUCCGCCUCCUUUGACUCUUCCUACACCCACAUCAAAGCCGAUCUGACAGUGCCGGGAACCGUCCACACGGCGUUUGAGGAAGUGAAGGCCAAGUUCGGCAACCCGCCUAAUGUCGUCAUCCACAAUGCUUAUCACGUCUUUCCUGCUGCCCCCGGAAACCCUUUGACUCUGAGCCAGCAUGAAUUGGAGCAUGAUCUGGCGGUCAAUUUCACGUCGGCUUACUUGACUGCUCAGGAGGCUGUGAAGGGAUUUGCUAGUCUUCCGGACGAUGUCCCCAAGUCGUUCAUCUACACAGCCAAUGGGUUGAACUUGAUGCCUCAGCCGCGGUUAGUCAGUUUGGGAGUCGGUAAAAUUGCCAUGGGCCAUGUCAUUGAGAAUGCUGUGCUGGCCUUUAAAGGCAAGGGAUAUACAUUUUACUACGGGGAUGAGCGUCUCGACAAUGGUGACUACGCUAGCGGUGCGAUCAGUGGGCCCGCGCACGCCGAGCGAUACUGGGAAUUAAGUCAGGAUCGCACGCAGCACGAGUGGAUGGAUACUUUCGUGGCUGGGAAAGGAUACAAGAAAUUCCACUAGACGUGUUCAAUACAUCCUUCUGUCUAGUAUAGGAACAACAUACGC